CACAGUCCACUACAAAACCCUUUACAUCACACCAGCUACAUAACAGACCACCGCUUUACACAGAUCAACACCUGAAUUAAGAGAGUAGAAUUUCCUUUUUAAGGAGAAGGAAAACCCUUGACAAAGAACUUUACUUUUCAAAUUUCCAAUCAAGACAAGAGGACACAUAAGGAUGGGAUCUGCUGGGGUACAGAUUGUAUGUGUGGCCCUUGGGGUCCUGGGCCUGAUCGGGGGCAUUGUGUGCUGUGCCAUCCCUAGGUGGAAAGUGUCAUCAUUUACAGGACAGAACAUCGUAACGGCACAGGAAACUGAAGAGGGCCUGUGGAUGACCUGUGUGGUGCAGAGUACUGGCCAGCAGCAGUGUAAGAGCUAUGAGUCCCUGCUGGUUCUGCCAUCUAACCUGCAGGCGUCCCGCGCCAUGACCAUCAUCAGCUGCAUGGUCACCUCCCUGGCCAUCCUCAUCUUGUUCGCCGGCGCCGACUUCACCACCUGCGUGGAGAAUGAGGACAUCAAGCCCAAGAUCAGCCUUGUGGCUGGGAUCGCUCUGUUGGUGUCUGGCCUCCUCCUCAUCAUCCCUGUCAGCUGGUCCGCCCACAACGUCAUCAGCAACUUCUACAACCCCCUUGUGGCCCAGAAGAUGGAGCUGGGAACCUGUAUCUUUAUUGGCUGGGCUGCUGGGGUGCUGCUGAUUCUGGCCGGAGGCCUGCUCAUGUGCUUCAGCAGAGCCAAAUCUGGCAGCUCGGGAGGAACCGCCAAGUACUACAGUAACAGCGCUUCAGCCCCCGCUGCCAACAAGAACUACGUCUAGUGCAUGUAUUACACCUCUGUAUGUUUGUAUGUGUGUAGAGAGAUAGUUUGAUGUACUACACCUCUGUAUGUUUGUAUGUGUGUAGAGAGAUAGUUUGAUGGAAAGGAAAUGGGUCAGACAGAAUGAAAACAAGAAAGGGGAGGGGUUUAACCUUGAGGAUAAAGAAGGGACAUUAUGAGUGGAAAUAAUGGUUGUAAAUAUUGAAUAUUUCAAAAUAGUAAAACUGGUUUAGUUGUAGUUAAUCCAAGGGUCCAAUAUGGUGGUUCAAUUUAAAAUACAAAUAUAUGUUUAUUUUUUUGGGGGGGGGGGACUAACUCAAUAUACUAUAAUAUACUACAAAUCGAAACUGUGUAGGGAUGAUGAUGUACCUACAUUCAUACAGUUUCUUAACUGUGUCCAACUCACUAAGAAUCACCUACAUGAAGGUUAGACAGUCAAGGAGCACCGUAAAUUCCAAAAACGAUGGAUAGAGGAAAUGAUCUUACAAAUUGUGACGGCGAGGAAAUAUAACCAAUUUUCAGUGUGGAUCUCCGGACCUCGUUGAAGACCAAAUGCAGCCCCCAGGGCAGAAGGAGUUUGACACCCUUGUUGUAAUGUGUUAUCUCGUUGAGUUUUUUAAUGCUGGAUGGCAUGCUUCUAUAAUGCCAUGAAUGAACAACAGAGAGCAAGGUGAGGGACUCAGUGGUCAUGCAUCUCCAAAUACAGGUAGAGUUAAAUGACUGUAUAUAUCAAUUACAUCCAUGAGAUCACAACUUUUUUACUUAUGUAAAUCAGCUUGUCUUUUACUUUUGUGUAUCAAAUACUAAAUACAUGUUUUUAUUUUAUUCUGUUGCAAUAGAAAGGAUUGUCAUCUCCUUCAGGUGUGCCAUCCUUUGGUUUGGAAAUGUUAACAAAAGCAAAACAAGUUUAAAUAUUUUGGAUAAUAUUAAGGACUUUUAUUUCCAACUAUGUAAGAGCAUAUAUUAAAAACAAGUCUCUAUAAAUGGGAAAACUGACACCAAAAAAGAAAUUCAAGCUUCCAGACCCAAAAAUAUUUGGCUGCUGAUAUUGAUGGAUCCUGUCUCCAACUCUCCCUUUAAACAUCUUUCCUUCAAACAUCCCCAACUAUUUAUAACUAUUUGACUUUCAUCUCCUCUUUAUCUUCUCCUCUUUACACCUCCUUUCUCUUUCUCCAUCAGCUCCAUCUCGAACCCAAUGGCUCUGUUUCAAUUCUUGCUCUCCAGUUUGCUCACGCGCUUGGUAAGCUCCUCUACUGUUUCCUUCAGAGCCUUCACCUCCUUCUGCAAGGCAUGUACCUCCUGAGAGAGAAAGAGAGGGAGAGAGAGAGAGAGAAAGAGAGAAAGAGAGAAAGAUAGAGACAAAAAAGAGAGAAAAACAGAGAGAGAGAGAGAGAGAGAGAGAGAGGGGAGAUUCCUGGUGAAAUGUGCAAAAGAGGAAGCCAUAUCUAAAAUACAGUAUCUAUUCACAGAUAUAUCAAAGCAUGUAGGUAGAUGCAGCCAUGUCCUUACCCCAGUGUUACCGUGCUGAUGCCCCAUGGCUGUUGAUGUGGUCUUCAGAAGACUUUUGUGAACUUUGAACUCUUUGGAUUUGGUGGUUGUCGCAAAACCGUCCUUCAAGGAGAUCAGGAUAGGUUGGCCCUCUUUGCCUUCAAACCACUCAUUGGCCUCCACAGACGGCUCUGGACCCAUGGUGUCUGGAUACAAAUCCUCCUGAAACAGGUCAGACUGAAGAGAGAGAGAGAGAAAGUGAGAUAUUUAAGAAUCACAUGCUUUGAGUUAUAGUCAUUUUUUAAAAGUGUUUUUACCUUGCGGGGCACCGUCAUGACAAUGGGCUCACACUUCCUCUCAUGGAGCUUGUAAAACCUGGUGGAGGACGAAUAAAACAAUAUAAAUUCCCAUUUUACAAACAG